GAUGCCCCAAACCCUAACCUCCCGCCUUCGUAGCAAGACCCCCGUUCCUCUCUCUCUCUGAAGCUCUCCGGUCACUCAGCUUAACAAAGAGAGAAGCAGCUGCUCCAGUCAUCGUCUUCCUCGUUGAAGGGCUCUCCAUCAAGUUUAAUUUUCCUUGAAGUAGCAGCCAAUGUCGUUAAGAAUUAAGACUCCGAAAACAGGAAGAGCCAAGCGAGAGGUCUUUAAAAGAGCCCCGAAGCUUGUUGAAACUGGGAAGAAAACCCUGAUAUGUCAUGGUACGAAAUCUAGCAAUGUACUAAAUGCUGUAUUGACGGAAAUUUAUCAUCUCAAGAAGGAUAAUGCUGUCAAAUAUACCAGGAAGAAUGAUAAAAUCAGACCAUUUGAGAGUGGUGGUGAAACUUCAUUAGAGUUCUACUCUUUGAAAACUGAUUGUAGCAUUUUUGUGUUUGGUUCUCACUCAAAGAAGCGGCCUGACAAUCUUGUCAUAGGGCGAACUUAUGACCACCACAUUUACGACCUUGUAGAGGUUGGAGUUGAAAAUUUCAAAAGCAUGAAGUCAUUCUCAUAUGACAAGAAACUAGCUCCUAUGAUUGGUUCAAAACCUUUCUUUGCUUUUAUUGGAGAAGGAUUUGAUAAUAUUGUAGAGUUGAAGCAUUUGAAGGAGGUCCUGCUCGAUCUGUUCCGGGGAGAGGCUGUGACAAACUUGAACCUUGCUGGGUUAGAUCGUGUCUAUGUGUGUACAGCUGUGUCUUCAAAUAAAGUGUUCUUUACUCAUUGCGCACUGCGGCUUAAAAGGUCAGGCACCAUAGUCCCGAGGAUGGAAUUGGUUGAAGUUGGCCCUUCCAUGGAUUUGGUAGUUCGACGACAUCGUCUUCCCGAUGAAAGUCUAAAGAAAGAAUCUAUGAGAACAGCUCCUGAACUAGCAAAGAAGAAGGAGAAAAAUGUUAGCCGAGAUGCAAUACAGGGAAAAAUUGGGAAAAUUUAUGUUCCAGAUCAAAAGGUUGGAGAUACGGCACUACCUAACAAAGCCAAAGGAGUGAAGAGGGAGCGUAGAGAAGCUAAAAAUAAAAGUGAGUCCAACAAGCAGGAAUCAAAGAAGCAGAAGCAGGAUUCUGAAUGAUUCUGUUUCGCCCAUGGGCAACUGUGACAUUGUAUCUUUUACUCACCCUUCUGUUGAUCACUUUAUUCGGUUUUUGUUCAAAUGUGAAGGGUUUGGAGAUUUGUGUAGGUUGGUUUGCAUUUCAUUAUUAUCUUAUUUCAUGCCUUGUGCAAUCAAUUUUGUUAUGUACCUUUCCGGCCUAGUAAUUGUCACAAUCAAUUUUGUCAGAAUUUCAACGACACUUCAAUUCAGUUCACAAUAGUCUUGAUGAAUAUAAUCUUAUGUCUGCUUAGUUCUCAAAUGGAG